AUGUUCAGGUGCUGGCUGGUGUUGACACUGGCAGCGACCGCUGUGGCGGCUGGGACUCGCCUCCCGCGUACCUCGCAGCCCGCAACCAACCCACCUCAAUCUACCGCUCCCCGUCUACCCCAAAGAAACUUCACUAUAUCUUCCCGUUCCACGGUCAGAAACAGGGAGCAAUACAUUUUCAAUGUAUUCGAGGUUAUUGUUAGCACGCUCGAGACCAAACUACAAAGAAUUGAAAAUUUGGAUAAAGCUGUCGAACAUCUCAUGAGGAGAGUCGAAGCAUUGGACUCAAGAGUGAAUGAUAAUAUUCAUAAAACUGAUGCCAUCAUAUCCAAGUUAGGUAAUCUCGAUGUUAAACUGUUCAGUAGAAUCAACCAAGGUGACGAUGAAAGUUCUACUGAAAAAAUCAACAAUAAAAAGAACGAACUUAGCGAUGCAAAACUUCUGGAUAAAAAACUUGAAUCUUUAGAUCAAAAAGUUUCCGGCAUCGAUACCAAAUUAAUAGGACUCAAAACACAAAUCGACAACAACUUUUUGCCAGUCGACGACAUCAAUGCUGAGGCGAGUGAGAAGAAACCUAUAAAUUUAAACGUUAUUGAGAUCGCAAAGAGCCUGAACACUGAAGUUAUCAAUGAAAUAACAAAGGAAGUCGAUCAGUUGAGAACCUCGAUGUCAACUGUUGAUAGGAAAUUGCAAUUUCACAUAAAUCUUGUGUCGGAAAAUUUAGGUAAAGUGCUUUACAUGAUGGCAGACGUCCAUGCUGCUAUCGUCGAGCCAGAAUCCGCCUCCAUCAACAUUAACGGUCUCUUUAAAAACAGAACAACCACGAGCACCCCCUCACCAGCAACUAAAGCAAGCAAAAUAGAUACUCUUGUGAAUAAAAUUAUUCCUAUGAUGAGCGUUUCUGAGAAAAUGGACGAAGUGUGGGACGUGGUCGUUGGAACUAAGAGUUCAGUCGACGAUUUAGUACCGAAAUCUGAUGAACUCCUGACACAAACACAGAGACAGGAACGUGCUAUAGGCCAAAUACACAACGAUUUGAGAUUGAAAACAAAUCUUAUAAUAGAAAAUCUGGACAUGGUUGAAAAACGUCUGAAGAAGCAAGAAGACGAUGUAGCGACUUUGGCGCAACGUCCAGUGCCGGCUGAACUUCUCUUAGAUCCAACGAUAGAUAGACUUGUGGAGUACGCUCCGAACAGAUACAAAGUAGACGAGAUCUUAACAGAACCUACCACCAAUGCACCAAUCACAACACAGGCUGCAUCAACUGCUAACAUAAGCCCGAGCAGUCCGAGCAAUGUGAGUGCGAGCCCUACAAGCGCGACUGUAACGGUGACUCCGGCUGCCACAGGCAGUAGUGCCAGUGCCGGCAGCAGCGGCACUGGCCCAACCAGCCCUCGACCUGCCAGCCGUAAAGGCGGCAUAAUCUUCCCCAGCGUUAAGAACAAACCCAUCAUAGGCAACAAUACUUUCGCAUCAGAAAUCGUCGCAAAUUAUAAGGACGUUAAGGGCUACUCUUGUGUGGAUCUCCUGAAUGCAGGCAUGCGCGAGUCCGGUGUCUACUACCUUCAGAUACGAGGAACUACUUACUGGUUCCUCAAAGUAUUCUGCGAGCAGAACGUCGCAGACGGCGGUUGGACGGUGAUUCAUCGUCGCGAUGACUUCGGUAUACCAGCAGAGAAUUUCAAUCGCGACUGGAGCGACUACAAGAACGGCUUCGGCGAUCCAAACAAGGAAUUCUGGCUCGGUAACGAGAACAUUUACAUGCUAACAAACAACGACGAUUACAUGCUGAGAGUGGAACUAGAAGAUUUCGAUGGCAACAAGAGAUACGCUCAGUAUUCGCACUUCAAAAUAUAUUCCGAAGCGGAAUACUACAAGUUAGAGAUAGACGGCUACGAUGGAAACGCUGGUGAUUCCUUAAACGACCCGUGGUACGGAUCUAACAACAGUCCGUUCUCUACUUACAAUAGAGACAAUGAUAGGUCAUCGUUGAAUUGUGCGUCCAUGCUGAAAGGAGGCUGGUGGUGGAAGUCUUGCGGGCGAGGUCUCAACGGGCUGUACCUUCACGACCCACAGGAUCUAACGGCCAGGCAAGGUAUCGUUUGGUUCCGUUGGCGCGGCUGGGACUACACUCUUAAACGCGCCUCAAUGAUGAUCAAGCCGAAGGGACUUCAACCGAACACAUGA